AGCUUCGGAAGCUUCACCGGUUGCGCAACGAACGUUGACGAAAAAUAUCAAUUGAAUAUUCAACAUGGCAUCCCGAGUUUUAAGAAUAGGCCUCAUCCCCGGCGACGGCAUCGGCCGCGAAGUAAUCCCCGCCGGCCGCCGAAUCCUCGAAUCCCUCCCCUCCUCCUUCAACCUCAAAUUCGAAUUCGCCGACCUACAAGCCGGUUUCGAAACUUUCGAGCGCACCGGAGCCGCCUUACCAGAUCGCACGGUAGAAGUCCUACGCAAAGAAUGCGAUGGCGCGCUCUUCGGCGCCGUAUCCUCGCCUACGAAAGCCGUGAAGGGGUACUCGUCGCCUAUUGUUGCGCUGCGCAAGAAACUGGAUUUAUAUGCUAAUGUGCGGCCCGUGAAGUCGGUUCGCACGGCGGCGAAGCCGAUUGAUAUGGUUAUUGUAAGAGAGAAUACCGAGGAUUUGUAUGUUAAGGAAGAACGUACAAUUGAACGAUCCGAGAGCGAGGGGGGCAAGUAUGCCGAGGCUAUUAAGCGCAUUUCCGAGCGCGCGUCGAGUCGUAUUGCGACCAUGGCUGGUGAAAUCGCUUUAAGGAGACAGAAGAUCCGCGAAUCAGGGUCGUCGAGCUCGAUUCACUCUCGUCCUCUCGUUACUAUAACGCACAAAUCGAACGUCUUAUCGCAGACCGACGGUCUCUUCCGUACCGCUUCGCGCUCCGCCCUUUCGAAUCCUAAGUUCUCCGGCGUAACUAUUGAGGAGCAGAUCGUUGAUAGCAUGGUGUACAAACUAUUCCGUCAACCCGAAGAUUAUGACGUGAUCGUUGCGCCUAACCUAUAUGGUGACAUCUUAUCUGACGGCGCGGCUGCAUUAGUUGGUUCGCUAGGUCUAGUACCGUCCGCCAACGUCGGCGAAGGUUUUGCUAUUGGGGAGCCGUGCCAUGGUAGUGCACCCGAUAUCGAGGGCAAGGGUAUCGCGAACCCUAUCGCUACCCUACGCAGCACCGCUCUCAUGCUCGAAUUCUUGAAUGAAGAAGAAGCUGCAGCGCGCAUCUACGCUGCUGUCGACGGAAAUCUAGAGGAUGGCAAGCUAUUGACACCCGACCUAGGCGGUAAGGCGACGACUGAGGAAGUCGUAGAAGACAUCCUAAAGAGACUAUAAGCCCCCGUUAGGUGGAUUUCUUCUUGAUGGGCGAAAGUCGGGUUUGAAGAAUAGUCCUGGUUAAAAAGGAGUCCAAAAUGGGAGAUAAAAAGAAAGGGAGUAUGAGUAAAAGUCAUGUUCUAGACUCGAUGAUACCAAUCUAACAAUUUUAAGAACUCA